UCUCCCCAAUUUUCGAUCUAUCCGCCAAUCUUCCCCUCCAUUACACAACCCCCCUUUAAACCUCUCUCUCUCUCUCUCCCCACAAAUCACUUUCUCAGCUACCUCGUGAGCUCUCUCUCUCUCCUCUCCUCUCCUCUUCACUCUUUCUCUCUCUACAAUCUGAUUCCAUCGUUUUCUUUGACAGCCUUCAAAUUGCUUACCUUCAAACCCUAAGUCUUCACCUUCCAUAUAUGAAUCCAUCAAAUUUGUAAAAAUUGAUUGAAUAUUUGCUUUCUUGAUUUGUUCGAUUCGUACCAGGAAUGGCGACCUCGGCGUUCAAAUCAACGACGAAGCGGACGCCGAUCGGAGCGUCCAAGGCUCCGCCGGAAGACUCGGCUUCGUUUAAUCGGAAGGCGUCUCACCGGCGCUCCCGCAGCCUGAGCUGCUUCUCGCGCGGGUUGCCGGAGCGGACACCGGCGGCUGACGAUUACGAUGAUAAUCCGGUUCCCAGCAGAGGGAGGUUCGUCAACACGGUCAGAGGCUCGGGAUUCCCGGAGAUCAGCCUCGACGACCUCGCCGUCGAGCUAUUCGACUCCUCUGCUGACCGGAGCCGCUCGGUUGCGCGGAGCACCGAAGCUACUCCUGCUGACAGUGCCUCACUGAGGCGUGGGAGGUCGGUGUCGAGGCACGGCCCGAGAAUUGGUGGCGGUGGUGGUGAUGUGAGGGGCGGUACUGGUAAUAAUUCAGCUGGAGGAAGGGUAGUUUCGGAAAGUAAGGGUAAUUCAAGCCGAAGGCGAUCGGUUUCGGUUGCCCGGUAUCAGAUGAGCGAUUCUGAGAGUGAUCUAGAUCAUACCCACAAUCGCAGCGCCGUUAAGUCGGGGAACUUCGUUAGUGGAAACAACCAGACACCCUUGUCCCGUAAGUCAACAGAUUCAAAUUUUAGACCAGCUUUGAGAAGAUCUCUUAGCCAGAAAGAUUUUAAGUCCCAUGAUGGUUACUCAAGCCAGUCUUCGGUCCUAACCGAUGAUGAGGGGAGGGAUGCUUAUUCCAACAAAAAUGGGGUUGAGAAAACUAUCCGAGCUGUAUAUUCAGAGAAGAAGGCAGAGCACCCUGCUGGUAAUGAUGUUAAAAGUGGACUUUAUGAAGUGAUGCGGAAAGAACUUAGACAUGCUGUGGAAGAGAUCCGGACAGAACUUGAAAUUGCAAACGAGAAAACUAAAUCCACUGUUUCAGCACCUGGUGAUUUACGUUCUAACAGUAAAGAUGUACUUCAGGCUGUUUCUUCGAUCAGGAAGAAUUACUCCUCCAAAUUGGAACAGUCAGAAAAACGAAAACAAGAUUUAUUAGCUGAAAUAGUACUGGAGGAACAACAUAGUAGGGAGCUCUCUAAGAUUGUCAAAGAAUUGCUUCCCGAGCCAAAUAACAUUGUUGCCGCAGACAGAUCAUCAAGAACCAGAAGGAGGAGUAACGACAGAGGUAGGAUGUCUAAGCGACUGACUGAGGAGGCGGAGAGAUACAUUGAGGACUUCAUUUCAAAUGUGGAAGACACAGAUAUAUCAUCAGUUGACGGAGAAAGGAGCGAUACAAGUUCAAGUAUAGGAGGAAUAACAAAGCACGAAACUUAUCUGAGUCCAGCUUUUUCUACUCCUCUUCCUGUCACAAUGGAUGGGGUUGUUCUACCUUGGUUGCAGUGGGAGACUAGUAAUGAUGCUACGCCAAUAGGAUGCAAGAAUAAGAACGAACCACAGGGAGUGAUAAAAGUGCAAGAUCAAAGUAAUCAAUCUGUUAGCAGCCACGGAAGCUGGAGCCCUGGAAUAGUCGACGCCCUGUCAAUUAACAUGGAAGAUGCAGGUAGUAAAGUUGGAGGAUAUAGAAGCUACCAGUGCCAGUCACCCCUUGAUGGGUCAAAUGGUUCGCAGUUCGACAUGGAAGAGUAUCUCCAGCUCAAGAAAAAUGACGAUUUACUCUUCGAAAGGUUGAAGCAACAACGGAGAAUUAGUUCCGGCGGUCUCCUGCUAUGUAACCGGAUGCUUUUUUAGCACAAUUGUUUACUUUCAGGUUGCUUGUCACUCCAUAGUAAACCAGUGACACUUUGUAUAGAUUUUUCAUUUUUAUCGGCCAAGUGUUUUUAGCUUUGGA